UUUCUUUGUGUUGUUCUGCUUUCGGCAGAGUAUUUUUUAAAGUUUAGCCAUGGCGUCGGCCACUACUUCUGUUCGAGUGGACGGCCUGGUGUUGCUUAGAAUCCUUAGACACUGCCAUGGAUACUCCAACGAAGCUCCCAUGGACAUUUGCAGCGGUGUUUUGCAAGGCAUGAUCAAUGGAUCAGUUUUGGAAGUUACUGAUUGUUUCGCCGCACCGAUGGAAUCAGAGGAAGACGAAUCAGAUGAGACGAUGGAGUACUCCGAGCAGAUGCUUCGGCUCGUCCGCGAAGUCAACUCAGAUCACGUUCAGGUCGGCUGGUAUAUCUCCUCACUGGAACGCUCGCCGUUCAGCCGUAUGAUCAUGGAAAGUCAGUAUCAGUAUCAGCGCAGUCUCUCGCACGAGCACUCUAUCCUGCUGUUGUACAACCCAAUGGAGACAUUGCAGGGCCGUUUGAGCUUGGAGGCUUACCGUCUUAGCAGUAAGGCUAUGGAGGUGAUGAAUGAGGGUACCUUCACUGAGAAGAGCCUUCACGACCACAAGCUGUCUUGGUCAUCAAUGUUCGAACAGGUACCACUGGAGCUACAUCGUUCCACUCUUGCCAACUCCCUUCUCUUGGAGCUGUCGUCAUCUGGCGCAGUUGAGCCUCCACAUGAGUUCCUCACAGUUGGUGGCGGCUCGCAACUGGAAACUUGCAUGCGUCUAAUGAUGGACACAGUCGAUGACGCUUCACAGGAUAUCAACCGCUACAGCCAAUUCCUCAAGCAGCAGCAGCGCCAGCAGCAACAGAUCUCAGCGUACAAGAUGCGCCGGCAACAGGAGAACGCCGCACGCCAACAGCGUGGCGAGGCACCUCUGCCAGAUGAAGACCUUGACAAGAUCUUCAAGCCCAUGCAAGCACCGCAGCGUCUCGAUGGUCUGAUUAUCAGUCAACAGCUUAGCUCGUAUGGAAAGCAGCUGAAGGAUGUUGCCAGCUCAAAUCUCUCCAAACUGCUUGUACUGAAGUCCAUGCAGUAGACACUUUCUCAUGCUCUCUUGCUUUUUAAACAUCUCAUCCAUGAGCAACAGGCGUGCUGGCAGAUACCAUA